AUGGCAUCUGUCCCCAGCUCGCCACAAAAGGACCUUCAGGACUUGCGGAAGAGCCGGAGAGAAAGCGUGGUCCCAGACAGACCAUCACUUUUAUCACCCACAACGCCAGUGAGCAGCCCGCUGGCCAGCACGUCGUGGGGCCUGGCCAGCACUUCGAGUAUUCUGAUAUCCAAAAAAGUGUCAAGAAAAUCGUCAAAGAACUCGAUACCUCCGCUACCUCAGAAUGGUGCGUACAUUAGAAGAGGUUCCACUUCUGCGGCGUUAAUGAACUCGUCCAACUCGCUGUGGCAGACGCUGGUCAAGACAAAACAUGGGCCCUUUCCGGGCAUAGAUGCCACCAAGGACAGUGUGAACAACAAUGACCCCAAAGCAUCAUUGAUCGAGAAGAAGAAGGCGGCCUUAAGUCGUCGCACCAAUUCCCUGGUCGAAUUAGCCGCCAAAACAAGUAAACAGUCCAACGAGAAGUCAGAGGAAAGUCUCCCGUCCACUCACUCGUCGCCCCUCCGGCCGAAUGGUCUGCUAAAGCGCGACAUGCGGUUUUGCUGCUCGUUUCGCCGACCACGCCGCGCCAAGACCUCCUCGAAUUUGCUGGAGAACAAGAACAAACAACCCAACGUGCCGCCCUUCGGAUUGGUCAACGCGUCCGCCAUGAGCUUGAUUAAUGACCCGAGUGUGGCCAGACAGGCGAUUUCGCUGCUCGAGGCCCAAAUGAAACCCAACCCGGAAACCGUGAAAAUGCUGGUGGAGGAGGAGAAGGCGGUGGAGGAGGGUCAGGAAGUGAAAAGGCCGCAUGGAUUGGAAAGUAUCACAUCUCCAUGUAAGUUAGAGAAAGUGAAGUCAUCAUUUUUCAAUUUUAAAAAAUUGAAAAUUGAUGACUAAUUUUGGUUUUUUAAGUCCUUGAGAAGCUACAGAGAAAAAUAAUAAUUUACAAAAAAAAGUUUAUCCAUGACUGAAAAAAAAAUCAAAUUUAGAUCGUGCGGCUCACAAAGGUACUGUUAAAACAUAAAAAUUAUCUUGAAUAUGUGGAAUUGGCCGUUUUUUCGGCCAAAAAAUCUCAAAACCCCAUGCUCCAAAUCUGUUUUUUACUUCCUUUUCGCACAUUCCCGAAAAACUUUACCCUUCGAAGCGAAACAACAAAAAAAAACUGCAGAUUGGAGUUGAUGGAUGUUGUUCAUCCCCCUCUUCGACAUGUCCAAAAAGCACAAAAAAUAUUUAACAUAAAAAGCGCGGCCCCGGCCCCAAGAAUAAUGUGCGGGGAUAUGUCAAGAAAGGGAUGAGUUUUGUGUUGCUCCGCCAAUCUAUUCCCUUUGUUUAAGGGCAUAUUUAAAGACUCGUGUUUUUGGAAGGGGUCAUGUGUAGUCUUGGGUAUUUUUUGGAGGAUUGACGAGAUUUUUAAAGGGGUUUUUGGGGAUUUAUUGGGUUGCUAAGUUGCGAUUUGCAAGAAAAUACAGUAUAAACUUUGCAAAACGCAAAUUAAAAACCUUUUUCUGUAUGUUUUGUAUCCUCAAAUUUGAGAUUUUUUUGAUUUUUAGAACAUUGAAAGUUCUAAAAGUCCUGUUGUUUUUCCCCAAUAAAUUUAUUCACUGCCAAAAUUUUUUAACCAUAUGCAUUUUUAAAGCGGCUCCUCUUCGAGUAAAUGCAUUUUUUAGCCGCUCUAGUUUUUGAAAGCCCCAACUUUUUUCUCCCUUUUUCGUCAGCUAAAAUCCCAAGAUUGCUGUAAAUGACAAACGCCAAACAAUUCACUGUGUCCCACGCACUCUAAUUACGAAAUAACACCAUAAUAGGCGGUGCCGAACCCGCCAAACCCUUUGGAUUUUACAACAAUUUCAUGUUUACUCACAAAGUAGCCGGACAAACGACGGAAAUUGACUUAUAAUGUAAUUUAUUAGAUUUCUUUUGGCCUUUCAGGGAAGCCUGUUUCUUCACGGCGUGAAUAUCGAAUUUUUCGGUGGAUUUGCAAAAAACGGCAUAAUCUCUUCGAGGAGCGGUUAGGAAGUAGUUCUCCCUACUUCUUUGUUUGCGGAAAGUUUCCAAAAUUCGGCUUUUUCGAUAUUUGAAUCUAAUAAAGGCCUGGGUAAUGUUUGCUGAACUUUUUUUUGGCCCGUUUGCAUUUCAUUUGCCUGGCGGGGAAGAUAUUGGGCUGCCGCCGGAAUUUGACGCUAGAAUUGAUUAGAGACGUUGGAUUGGGAGGUGUAGUCGCAAUGCAUUCGCGGGAUGUGUCAUUUUAGCGGUUUAAGGAAGCAAAAUUUUCAAAACUCAUGAAAAAUUUUAAAAGUUUUGAUCUUUUUUUAAGUUAGAGUUAAGUUAAAAGUGCUAAAAAAUGGAUAUUGGGUUUCUCUAAUGCUUUUAACGAGGUAAAUUUUAUCGAAUUCCACUUGGGAGUUAUUGUGUUAGCACUUUUUCUACCUCGGGAGUAAAUUUUUGCUGGAUUUAUAGUUUGAAAAUUGUGUUUUUAUUAAUUUUCAACCCGUCAUUGACUUUUGCUAAACUUCCUAAUUCCUAUUGAAGAGCUCAUAGGGGUCGCUAGAUGUAUUUUUGAGGCUUCUAGACCGCAAAAUAAACAUUAUCCAGCUCCAAAAUAGAAAAUUCGAUCUUUAUCCCUCAACGAACCCCUUACUUUUUAAUUAAAAUGCCCUCAGUUCACCAGCACUUUGUUGUUAUUUGGACUUUCACACAAAAUGGUCGAAAUUUCCACAAGUGCUGGGAGAACGGAGUAAAAAACAGUGUUCUUCAGCCUCUUUCCAAACCCCGAAAAAGCACUUUUCGUUUGGAAGGAACGGAAAGGGAAGGAAAGCGUGGCCCUGUGGCGUAAUGGAUAACGCGUCGGACUUCGGAUCCGAAGAUUGCAGGUUCGAGUCCUGUCAGGGUCGAAUAACCUUUUUGGUUAUUUUGAAUUAUAAAAUACGAUUUUUUGCCUUUUGAAGUUUGAACAUGAGAAACCAAACAUUUUCAAUGCUUAACUUUACAAUUUUGGGGAAGAAAAUUUUCAGUUUUUCGGCUAAAAUGCGAUUUUUGACAAAAAAAAUAAAGUUUUUAUCCUUGAGAUUAGUGACAAAUUCUGCACCAGAGAUUACCGCUCUCGCCAACGCUCCUAACGGCGUUUUUCCAAAAUUUUCCUUCAUUUCACAACCAACGAGGAAGCAAAAAACACCCGACAUUCCACAAACCCCUGGCAUUUAUAGUCAUUAUGGAGCUAUUAUGUUGUCCGUAAUCUUUUCGAAAAGGGUUUCCCAAAAUCCCCAGUCUUCACACAUACAUGGGCAUUUGAGCAAUUCCCUCUUGGUUGGGCGGCCAUAUGUCCUCGGUGAAUCACGGAGACAGUGUGAAAAAAGCAACCGUGUUUUUUGGGUUGACUGAAAUGGGAAUUAGGGGUUUUAUUAGGGUGUUUAAAAAUUCUUGCGCGAGCUUUUUGGACACUUUUUAGUUUUUGAAAAUUACGGCUUAACGCUAAAAUUUUGUUUUUCAAAAUUUCCACCUUUAAAACGCUUUCCUUCCAGUGCCUUACUUAUCCAUUAAAACGCAAUGAUCGAGAAGCCCCAAUUGUCCCAUAGCCACUGAAAAUUUCAUCCCAUUAAAGGCAGCCGCAGGGUAAUUAGCGUCCGCCUCGAAAAGUCAAAUGAGCCGCACGAUCUGGAAAGCCGUCCCGAAUUGAAACUAUGGAUCUGAGCCGCUUGCAAUACUUGUUUCCGGAUCAGGACGAGGAGGAGGGCCGGGAGAAUAAAACUCUGAAUGCCCUCAAGGAAAGUAUUCAAAACUCUUCAUUUUUAGUGCGCAAACUCAGCAAGGCCUUCUUCAACAGCCAGAACAAUGAUCGAAUAGGUUGGUUUACAUUUUGA